AUGUAUGGAACAUCACCCCAAGUCAGAGCCUACAAGUGGGCCCAGAACGAUCCUUGGCUAGGGAACUACUCGGAAGAGCAACUGCAACAACGUUUUUCCCUCGCAACGGUUUACUACGCCACAAAUCGUAAUACCAGUUGGAACCACGUAGGAGGCGGGACGGUGUCAGCUCUGUACCGCAACUCGACCAUUGAAAAGAAGAUUGAAGAAGAAGAAGUCACGUCACCGCCUUCGUUUGAUGCUGGCAAUGGACCACCACCACCAGGGGGUCUGCCUCCUGGAUUAGAAAGAGUCAAUGUCACUUCCAAAGCAUGGCUUUCUUAUGAUAAUGAAUGUGACUGGUUUUCAUCUGCUUUUCGAGCUACUGGAACCACCAUCUGUGAUGAGCAUGGCGCAAUGCAAACUCUAUCACUCAAGAGCAAUGGGCUAUCGGCUCGAAUCCCCGAAGAGAUUGGAAUGCUGACCAACUUGCAAUCCAUACAUUUGUGGAAGAACCAACUGGAUGGUCCUAUCGUCUCUCAAUUUGGAGCCAUGACCAACCUAAUGCAACUCAACUUGGGCGACAACGCCCUCAGUGGAACCAUCCCACUGGAAAUUGGCAAAUUGUCUAAUUCACUCAGGUACUUUGCGGUUGGUGGUAACCCUCUUACUGGGAGCCUGCCACAAGAGCUUUGGCACUUAUCCAAAAUGGUGAUUCUGCAUGUUUCUCAUACAGAAAUCACUGGCAGCUUACCACUCAAUUUGGCCAAUCACAUGCCAGAUUUGAAGGUGCUGGUACUGCGCCACAAUCGGCUCUCGGGGCGACUUCCCACAUCACUGCCGACUGCGUUGGUUGCCUUGCGUGCCCGGGACAAUGCACUCACUGGUUCGAUCCCGUCUGAGUUUGGAUUACUGGGGUCUUCCUUGACAAAGAUAUUGCUCAGUGGAAACCAACUUUCAGGAACGCUUGCAACAGAACUCGGGUUGCUAUCCACUCUGUUUGAGCUUUCUUUGGACGGCAAUGAACAGAUAUCGGGCCCUCUCCCAUCAGAGCUUGGUUUGUUGAAUAGCACCUUGCAAACUCUGAAGCUGGAGGGGACUUUGAUCACUGGAAGCAUUCCAAGUGAACUUUGUGGCAUCCAGAGGCUAACAUUUGACUGUUCUUCAGAGAGACUUUGUGGCUGUGAUUGUCCAUGUGCACAACUUUGA